AUGGAAGUCCAGUCCUGGCACAGCAGAGCAAAAUAUAAUGAGUUUGUAGUUAAUGCUCUGAAGAUCAAUCUGAAGCAGGUGAUGGCACAAGGUGCACUGCAUGGCAAGGAAGGUUAUGGGGACAAUGAGGCCGAUAUUGCAACCUCUUAUGCUAACCAAAACCACAUCUGCCUCGUGGAUGGUUCUGCAAAUUCAGUCUCCUUGAAAAAGCAGAUGACUUGCAUAGCUUGCAAGAUUAAUGAAGCUUCUGCCAUUGGGCCUGCUAUUGAUGCCAAGCUAUUAAUCAGGAUGCAGUUCCAUGUUGCUUACAGACAUGAAAUAUUGUUGUGA